AUGAGCAUGGAGGAGAUGCUCUGCUUGGCGCAGCGCGCUGCCGCCGGCGACUCGACCGCAGCGGCGGCGCACUUCAAACGCCUUCUCGAGCGCUAUCGCCAUCAUCCCGCCGUGCAGAAGCGUGGCCGCGAAGCGGAAGAGGCGGCGCUCAGUGCCGCACCGACGAGCCGCCUCUCCGACGGCUCGAGCAGCCCUGGCAGCCGGCCGACGAGCAAGAACAGCACGCCGCGUCAGGCCGACCGCGUGAGGGAGGAGGCUACAGAGGCGGGCGGCGUGUUCGGACAGCCGCCUCCACGGCACAAUGGGCUUGCGCCGCGCCGGCACAGGGCACGGCCGUACUCGCGCAAGACCGUGCUGCCGCUCGAGGCGGAGACGGCGGAGGACAUCAAGCGCGAGAUUCGCAUACUGCGUGAGUGCGAUUGCGAGCACAUCGACGCAUUUAUGCGCGAGUACCAGAUGCGCUCGACGCUGUGGGUGGUGAUGCGCAAGAUGGGCCACGGCUUUAGCGAGCCGUGCGUCGCGUGCGUCUGCCAGGGCGUGCUGCGUGCGCUCGACUAUAUGCACGUCGAGCGCAAGGCCAUUCACCGCGACAUCAAGUCGGCCAACGUGCUGCUGACGUCCAGCGGCACCGUCAAGCUCGCCGACCUUGGAGUGGCGCAGCUCUUCAACACCAUGUCCAAGCGGGGCACGAUGAUUGGCGCGCCACACCAGAGGGCCGACUGA